AACUGAGAGGUAAAGGAAGAGAGAUCAAUGAUGGAUUCUCCGGUUGGAGCUUUGACAACUAAAUACGUGUGAGCAGGAUGGCCGCCAACUUCUCCAUCCCUCUCAAUGGAUCUGAAGAGACGCCUUACGCAUCAGCUGGCUACAUGGCUCUGCGGAUUCUCCCACUGGUGGUACUCUCGGUCACCUGUGUCCUGGGUGUGCUGGGCAAUGGGCUGGUGAUCUGGGUGGCUGGGUUCCGGAUGGCACACACAGUCACCUCCAUCUGUUACCUGAACUUGGCAAUAGCCGACUUCUCCUUCACCGCCACCCUCCCUUUCCUCAUUGUCUCCAUGGCCAUGGGAGAAAAAUGGCCUUUUGGCUGGUUCCUCUGCAAGCUGAUUCACAUAAUUGUGGACAUAAACCUGUUCGGCAGUGUCUUCCUGAUCGCUCUCAUCGCUCUGGACCGCUGUAUUUGUGUCCUGCAUCCAGUGUGGGCCCAGAACCACCGCACCGUGAGCCUGGCCAAGAAGGUCAUCGUCGGACCCUGGAUCCUUGCACUAGUCCUUACCUUGCCCGUUUUCAUUUUCUUGUCAACAGCAAGUGACCCAAAUGGGAACAUAUACUGUACCUUCUCUUUCGCAUCCUGGGGAGACACUGUUGAAAAGAGGCUGGAGGUGGCCCUCGCCACGUUGACAGCCAGAGGGAUCAUCCGAUUCAUUAUCGGCUUCAGCACGCCCAUGUCCACGGUCGCCAUCUGCUAUGGGCUCAUCGCUGCCAAGAUUCGCAGGAAAGGCAUGAUGAAUUCCAGCCGUCCCUUUCGGGUGCUCACGGCCGUUGUGGCUUCCUUCUUCAUCUGUUGGUUCCCCUUCCAACUGGUUGCCCUUCUAAGCACUGUCUGGCUCAAAGAGAUGUUGCUUGAGGGAAAAUACAAAAUUCUUGACAUCCUGGUAGGCCCAACAAGCUCCCUGGCCUUCUUCAACAGCUGUCUCAACCCGAUGCUCUACGUGUUCGUGGGGCAGGACUUCCGAGAGAGACUGAUCCGCUCCCUGCCCGCCAGUCUGGAGAGGGCCCUGACCGAGGACUCGGCCCCGACCAGCGACACAGUGACCAAUUCUGCUGCCGCGAACGCAGAGGUCCAGUUACAGGAGAAGUGAGGAGGGGGCUGUGGAUUCUUUCGUGAUCCCAGAUCAACUUCUCAUCUGAGGGUGACCCAGUCAUUAGGAACCAUUCCUGUGUCCCCUUCUUUGAAGAGAAGAAAUAGACAUGAAGUUACUGUUGAUGACUUUUUUAUUUUGGGAUUUUGACCUGAGGUGAUCAGAAGUGAGAAAAGAUAGGGGAGAUCAUGUACCCUCAUUAGCAAGAAAUGGUUCUGUUUAUAAUGAUUAUGCUCUAGCAUAAGGUCCCCCUCCGUUCCUAAAAGAUGCUCUCUGGAUGGUGAAUAUUAGUUUUCCCCAGGAAAAUGAAGAAAGUGGGAGAAGUGUGAAAUAUAAAUUAAGUACUUUCUCAAAAGCCUCAGCUUUUAUUGACCAAUCAGUAAAUAAAAAUAAAAGCCAUAGACCCCCUAAUCCCUGGAAUUACACGAGAUUGCCCAAUCUGUUGCAUUAUGAAACUUGGAAACUCAACUAUCCUCCCCAUUGUACCUCUGUUUUCACUUUUUACUCCAAAUGUGGCUGGAACAGAAUUAAUCCAGUAUGUGGUGCUCUCUGUCCUUGUUCCCAGAGUGGAUAACCCAGGAUACAACUCAGGCAUCUGCCUCGAUUUCUUUAUAAGGUACUUGCAUAUAGAUUUGUGGCGUUGGGUGAUGUGGGAUUAAGUCCUGGCCAGCCACAGGACUUGUGAAAGCGUCCAGCUGAACUCUAGAGACUCUUGUCCCCAAAUGUCUACCUCCAGAUUGUUGCCCUUUUUGCAACUCAGAGACUUUAUUUCUUGUGCCUUUGACUCUUUGCCUUCCUAGCCUUGGGUUUCCUUUUGUAAUCCAAGCCAGUCAUUCGUGAUAACAUCUUCCUUAAGAUGAUUGCUGGUGCAGGCUCUGAAGAGAUCCUUUAGACGCCACCAAACUCAUCACAUUUUAUGGUCAUCAGCGUAGAGGAGAGGAAGAGUGGUAAAUGGGUGAGGGUCGGAGAAGAGGCGCAGGGGGCCCCGAGGGAGCAGAUGGCAGACCGUGCACUUGGGUGGGGGCCCGGAGGGUGACAGGGUUGGCUCCGUCCCCGUUCCAGGGCAGAUUCCUGAGUUUGAGCCCUCGGUGGGGUCUCAGGCAUGAACCCCUUCUCUGGAGUCCCAGGGUGGCCUUUCUGUGCAGCCCCUAGCGAGGGUCCCGGCCCCGCGGCACAGCGCGCAGUGCAUUUCUUCAUCCACAUCCCUGACCCGGGCCUCCUGGGGGACAUCCCGAUCCUCGCCUUCCUCCUAUGUACAAAAGCCUUCAAGAAAUGUUAGUUUAACUGAACACUGUGCUCCGCAUCUGUAUCAAUACUUGGGAACUUGCAGAUGCCUUAACUCCUGGGAUCGCCAACUCCCCGAGGUCAGCUGGGAUUUUCCUGACCUACGUGGAAAUGAGAACAGAAACAGGAUGUGAUACGCAGGGACCCACUGAUGGCUCGAGGUCACAGUUCUCACGAAACACUGUCCUCACUUCUGACACCAACUGAGAGUUUGCAGGGGUCUCCAGACACCCACAGGUCCUCUAACUUGCUGUAAAGACUCAGCGGGUGCAGCAAAUCAUCUGAACAAACGAGAGGAUGCAAUCCAAGCUAGCAGGGGCAGAGAGAUUGAGCUCCCUUUGGGGCCAGGGUGCCGCUCUGCAGUGGCUUCCUCUAAAUCUCCUUGUGUUCUUCCAACAAGCAGGUGAAAAGCUAGCUCUACUGAGUCUCUGAAAAUUAAGUGCUACUAAGGACCCAUUCCUGAGAUUCCCAUGCUACCUGUCAGAACAGAGACGGGGUGGGGCCUACAGCCAAGGCUGACAUGCUGAAGGGAGGAAAAGAGAACGCGUGAGGAGGGUGUGACCUCCACGGGACGUACGGUGGCAUCUCCUACUUCUGGUGAAACAGCAAGCAGAAGAGGAAACGGCCUCUGAGGUGGAAUCAAGUGGAAGGGCAAAUGGUAGCCCUGUCCAAUCCCACCGGGCCGGGGAUUUGGCUCAGUGGUUCCACCGCCUGCCUUGCAAGCACGAGGUCUGGAGUUCGAUCCCUGGUACAGAAAGCAAACAAACAAUCCCAUCCUGAUGCUAUCCAGCUCACCCCCGAAUGGUGGUCCAAGUGGGAAGCAAAGCCACCUAGCGGAACUGAGAUGUUCCGGACAUGGACCCUCCUAUCACACUGUCUGGGCUGGAAUCCCAACUUCAUUUUCUCAUG